AUGGCCCUUACAAAGAGAAAUAUAGCAGGGAUCGUGCUAUUUUGUCUGGCCCUACUGAGUGCCGACAAAGCUAUGGCGGAUAGAGUCUGCUUUCCUGGUGGGUGUGAGGCAGUUGUGUGGCCGGGAUGUGUGCCGUACAAGGUGGCAAUACGUCACGAGGACGGGUCAGGUACAUGUAUCCAAUGUGAAGGAGAACGUCCUGCGGUAGACUUUCUUAACCAAUCAACAUCCUGCUGGCUUGAUUUGCACGUAUACCCGGCUGUUGCACUAAGAGGCUACACGUUUGGCGCUCUCUCAAUAACAAAACUACCACGACUGCCGGCCUACCCCGACGUUACGACCUUGGUUCUGGUUCAUGACAAAAUCACACAGAUGGAGGAAAACAGCCUGAGUGUAUUUUCGAAUCUGCACACUUUGGUCCUAGAUUUCAACGAGUUGACAUAUUUGAAACAGGGCUGGUUCAUUGGCUUAGGGGGUCUCGCUUAUCUUUCUUUGUCCAAUAACAAAUUAGAACAGAUUGACCAUGGGUGCUUCAAGCACAUGACUAAAAUUUCCUGGCUGAAUCUCGAAAACAACCACUUACACACAAUAGACCGAGCUUGGUUCGAUUUGCUGCCCUCUCUAAACACCCUGUUUCUGGAGGGCAAUAAAAUCCAUAAUAUCCCCCCAAACACAUUCGAAAACCUGUAUGCUCUUUCUGAGAUACAUUUAACGAGAAACUCUCUGUAUUGCUUAGAUUUUAAUGUCACACGGCAGGGGAGUCGGGUCCAAGACGUCUUCAGUGCUGGUGGUGAUAGGUUGAUGACGGUACAUGACGAAAAGCCACAAAAGACAAAAUGGGACUUUUACUUGGAUAGUAGCAGCCAACUAAAUGAAUAUUCUAUGUAUUUUGAGACACCCAACUUUGGUUUCUGUUUCAGUAAUGUAGAUUCAUUUAGCAAUGACGUGAUCCUCAUGUGGGAUUUUAGAUCAGUAAUAACAGCCUCCCCCACCGGUACCGAAAGCCCAGGUCUGGCGAGUUUAAUGGAUUGCCAUACCGAGAGCAUGGAUUAUAGUUCUGUACAAAAGCUAGACAGCAGUGACUCGCCUUUUGUCGCCAUUGCUACCGACGACAUCCCAAGCGAACGGACCCUUAACUACCCAGAUAUGUGCAGGCACGCGUGGGAAAACAAUGUUGGAGUCACGGUGGCGCUGGGAAGUAGCGCAAGCAUGCAAGUAGUUUCUUUAGGUGUAGGCAGUACAACCGACACAGCUAUUGCCAUAACCUUUAUCAAAACACACAACACAGAGACAGGUGUUAAAGAAGAAAUCCUCAACACACGUUCAGACACUAGCGACACAUAUAACAUAACUUGCAUUCUAAUCUCUAAAUACGGCGAGUCCCCUCUGUUCUCUAACAUUUCCUCAGUCACAAGAAAGAUCCACAAAACAUGUCCGACAGUAGACAGAAGCGUCGACACAGACCAAACAAGUACAACGACCCUAACUACGGAAGACUACAGAUACCACACGCCUAGAAACCAGACAUCAACUACAUUCAUGCACAUGACUACACAUAUGCAGGUAACCACUCCUAAACGACGCACAUCAGCCCAAGGUUUUUCCAUCCCGGCUGUUGUCUCGGUGGUUGUGGUUGUGUUCUUGAUAGUAUUUGUAGGGUCCCUGCUAAAAAUGUACCAGCUGAAGUUGAGAAAUGAUGAUCGUGAUGCUCAAGUGCGGACGCAUACUGGUCUUGUCGGCCUUGCGAGAUUCCCUCAUGUCCUCGAUAACAUUCAGUAUGAUGGCAAUCCCGAUCACGUAGCUGCUGCUCAGCGCCCUCUGCCUGCCCUGCCUCCACCAUACUGGGAGAUCCGACACAAGGCGGCCGCCCUGCCGCACUUGUACACUGAGAUCCCAGAUCACAUAGCCGCUGCCCAGCGGCCCCUGCCUACCCUACCGCUCACACCCACAGACAACACCAUUCCUACUGUGUCUAGGUCCACAGGCUACAACAAGUUUAACACACUUCCUCUUACACAUCAUUCGGACCGCGACAGUCACGAUCGUGCAGAACUCCACAGGUCAUUGCCGUCUCUCCAUCAUUCUCUCGGCGCCCCAGACUGUGACUCCGACAGUCCUGAUGACGACACCGUCCGCUUCUACGCCGCCGCCGCAGAGCCACCACCACUCCUUACAGCUACUAGAGCACAGGGUAAUCCAAGCUUAAGGACCUACCAGGACAGCAGUGUAGGGAUAUUCACCGCAGAGCCACCACCACUCCCUACAGCUACUAGGACACAGGGUAAUCCAAGGACCUACCAGGAGAGCAGUAUAGGGAUAUUCCACAACCACCAGUUUGGGGCUAGCAGGCGCCAUGUUCUGUAUAACGCACAUGGGCUACCCAGGUACAACUCUGUUACCCCAUAUGGAGCCAUUGAUAUAUAUUGCCCAGAAGGAAUGUUAGGUGAAGGAGCCCUGUCAGGUGUAACAUGGCGAAGGUCCCUGCCCGUCCGUCCUUACGUUAACUGGUCCAGACAGAUCUCAAGAGAGAAUCCAGAAGAAGAAGGGUGCCCAGAGAUUUUUAUCCCACCAAAAACCUACUGGCCAUGGGAGAUCACAGGGGAGGUAACUCGUAACACGCCACGACGUGCUUCCUUCCCCCUCAUACUACCUAACACCUACUGGCCCUGGGAGAUCCCACGGGAGGAGCCUUAA